AUGGAGGUCAAUAAAUUCACAGCCUUCACUCUCGGAGUGAUCUAUCCUCAGAGACAAGGCAUGGCCUGUGACGACUUCUUUGUUGACUUCCAAGUCCGGACAAAAUUUCACAUCGACACAUACAGCCUUCAUACUUUGCUCGACCUUGCCGCCGAAGCCAAACUGGCCAAUAACAUCCUGAACCAGAGCAAGCCGCUCGAGAUAAUCAAGGCCGAGUUCCUGGAGUUUCAGGCAUUCAUAGACUCAAUUCUCCCCCCUAUCCCUCAUUCCCAGAUUACUUGGAAGACUGUCUAUAUUGCGCAAGGCAUUAUUGUCGAUGGAGAUGUCGAUGAGGAUGAUGAUGAUGACGAGGUCUAUGAACUAGAGAAUGGAUAUUACCUAGAUUGGUCCCCAAGCUCGAGUGCCAGCAGCGUCACUUCCGAAGAACCCACCCAAGGCAAUGGAUUCGGCAAGAUCGAACCUCAGAUCCUUCUUCAACCUGCUGAACUGCCGCUCCUUACAACCUACAAGAACGCCUACGGCACCAAGGAGAGGCUGUCGAUCUUCUCGAACGAGUUCUUCGAGGUUCGCAGGUCUGCUACGGCUGGUUGGGGCGCUUUCGCGAGCAAGAAGCUGUACCAGGGCGACCAGAUCCUCGUCGAAAAGGCUCUCUAUCAUGCCAUCUACGCAGAUGUGACCACGUCUGUCGAAUCUUUGCCGGAGAAGGAGCGCCUGAUCGCCAAUGAUAUGUUUGGCCAUAAAGGUCGGGAAGGCGAGACCCACGAGGAGGCGGUUUGGAACACGAACGCUUUCGCGGCAUAUGUCCCCUCAAAGUCGGGCAACAAGAGGAACAUGCCUGGUCUUUUCGCUAUUGCGGGCCGCUUCAAUCACUCCUGCUUGCCCAAGAUUGACUACAAGUACCGUGCCAGUCACGAGUCUCUCGUGUUCACUGUCAGGGACUGGGUGAUUGAAGAGGGCGAGGAGCUGACGAUCUCAUACGGUCAAGAUCCCUCGGUGCUCUAUUACAAGUACGGCUUCAUCUGCGAGUGUGGCCACUGCCGUAAAUUCGAUCCGCGCAAGUCUGAGUGGUCCUGA